AUGUUCCAUAAUCCAGUAAUUGCAGCAAUCCUUGGCACUAUAGGAACAAUUUUAUGGUGUAUUCAAUUAAUUCCUCAGAUUGUUGUAAAUUAUCUUCGACAUAGUACACAAGGGUUUCAACCUCUUAUGUUAUUGUUAUGGUCUAUUGGUGCAGUUAUUAUGGGCAUUUAUAAUAUUUCUCGUAACUUGAAUAUUCCAUUACAACUUCAACCACAGUUGUUUUUAGUUUUAUGUUUUAUUACAUGGGGACAAUGUCUUUAUUAUGAAAAAAAAUGGUCUAUUUAUAAAUGUAUUACUAUUUUUUCAUCUGGAGGGUGCAUCUCGGGAUUUAUUGAAGCAGGAUUUGUUUUUAUAGCACGAUCAUUAAUACGACAAAAUAUUAAAUGGCCUAUUAUUUCUAUAGGGAUAAUUUCAUCUAUUUUUAUAUGUAUUGGACUUUUUCCUCCGUAUUAUGAUAUAUAUAUUCAUAAAUGUGUUCGAGGAAUUUCAUUUAUAUUUCUUUUAAUAGAUAUGGGAGGAGCGUUAUUUUCUUUCUUGUCUUUAUUAUUUGAACUGAAAUUUGAUAUUCUUGCGGCUAUUUCAUAUUCUUUUGUUUUUUUUCUUGAAAUGGGCAUUAUUAUGUUUGAUUAUUAUUUUAAGUUAUCAAAAUGGAAUAAGAAAAGAAAAUUAAAUAAAAAAGCAAAACAAGAAAUAUCAGAAAAAACAAUGGAUACAAUAGAUAUAAAUGUAGAAGCAUCGUCAUGA